AUGAAAUGGAAGCUUGCAUCAGGGGUGUUGUGCGAUAAGAAAGUGCCGCCUAUACUAAAGGGAAAGUUCUACAAAGUGGUGGUUAGACUGACUAUAUUGUAUGGGACGGAAUGCUGGCCAGUUAAGAAAGCUCAUGUCCAGAAGAUGAAGGUAGCAGAGAUGCGGAUGCUAAUAUGGAUGUGCGGGCAUACCAGGAGAGAUAGGAUUCGAAAUGAAGUGAUUCGGGACAAGAUGGAUGUGGCUUCUGUGGUGGAUAAGAUGCGGGAAGGGAGGUUGAGAUGGUUCGGCCAUAUGCAAUGGAGAUGCGUUGAUGCGCCAGUGACGAGGUGUGAGAGGAUGGCAAUGGUGGGCCUGAAGAGAGGGAGGGGUAGGCCCAAGAAGGCCUGGGGAGAGGUGAUUCGGCAGGAUAUGACGCUACUUCAGCUUACCGAGGACAUCACAGGUGAUAGGAGGGGCUGGAGGUCGAGUAUCAGGGUAGAGGGCUAG